GCGAGAGGCGACAGUGGCGAGAAAGUUUCCUGCUCCGUACGGGACCCGUUGUGACGUGCAGAGAGAGAGAGAGAGAAAACGAACGCGAGUGAGAGGGAGACAGCGUGUUUCGACGGAAAGGGGCCCUCAGCUGCCAAGUUUAUCACAGCGUGCGCGGCGUCGGGCCGUGAACGAACAGACCGGGGGAGCAAACGCCGACGGGGCUUGCUGCCGAGUUGAGCCGUUCUCUGGAUCUCCGAGUGAGUACGUACUCGGGGGUGUGGUAUAGCAACAGCAGUCUCGUUGGAGAGCGAAGAGGAUCAGCCAGCGCCAUGGAGGUGUCGGGCAACAAGGUGUGGCACAUCGCGUACAAUUUGUUUCUCGUGCUGUACUACAUCGCCGAGGCGAUCGUGAUGAAGUUCGUGCCGCGCAAGUACCUGCAUCGCAAGAGCGUGGCCUGCGAGACGGUGCUGGUGACGGGCGCCGGCAGCGGCAUCGGCCGCCUGCUUUCGCUACGGUUCGCGCAGCGCGGGGCGCGUCUAGUGCUCUGGGACAUUGACCGGGCGGGCAACGAGGAAACGGCGCGCCUGAUCCGCGAAGCCGGCGGCAAGGCCUGGCCCUACGUGUGCAACGUGGCCGAGAGCAAGACCGUGUACGAGACCGCGGCCCGGGUCCGCGAGGAGGUCGGUCGCGUCGACAUCGUCGUCAACAACGCCGGCGUCGUGUCUGGAAAGCGGCUUCUCGACCUGCCCGACGAGAUGAUCGUGCGGACUUUCCAGAUCAACACCCUGGCCCACUACUGGGUGGUGAAGGCGUUCCUUCCGGACAUGAUGGCCGCGAAUCACGGCCACAUCGUGUCCAUCGCGUCGCUGGCCGGACUGGGCGGUGUGUGCCGGCUGACCGACUACUGCGGCUCCAAGUUCGCCGCGGUGGGCUUCCAGGAGUCGCUGGCCAUGGAGAUGGCCACCGAGGGCUGCACGGGCAUUCGCUUCACCACCGUGUGCCCCUUCUUCAUCAACACGGGCAUGUUCGCCGGCGUGGAGCCGGGCGUGUUCGGCUUCCUGCGGCCCGAGUACGUGGCCGACGAGACGAUCGAAGCGGUGCUCAGGGACAAGCCUUUGCUCAUCAUGCCCAGGGUCUUCUACUCGCUGGUCGCGCUCAAGACGAUACUACCGGUCAGCGCGAUUGUGGCGCUCUCCCGGGGUCUCGGUGGAUUCGAGGUCAUGGACAAGUUCAUAGGACGUGGCAUCGCAGCAAAGGCCUGAGCAUCGGGCGAAGCAAGCCGUCACAUCACUUGGGGACCGGAGAAACAUCUUCUGCGACUUUCUUUUUCUUUUCUCUCUAUUCUUUUUUUUUCUAUCUAUUCCACUUUCACGUCACAGCUGUUUGCCCCCACAGUGGUUUUCAAGCGCCUUUCGGUUCCGGUUCGCACGCAGCUGGGCAUUGCGCAUGACCAAUCAAGCAUCCACAACGCAAUGAAGCGACGGACGCAUGUUGCGUUUGUCCGCUACGGGGCUGGCCACCGUCUGACUUUUUUCACCUAGUUAUACGUGUAGCUCUCUAGGGACAUCAAGCGAGAGUAUAUAUAAUUAAGGGGGCGGUGUUUGUGCUAGUUAUAGAGGGUUAUUUCGGCAUAGUUACAGCCUCGCGAUGGGGGUUUCUUCCGCUUCUGUUGUCGCUCCCGUUGUACGCAAGCUCGAAGCUGUCUCUGCCGUGAGAGGCAGAUUCACACGAUCCAAAGAAACUUCCCAUAGCAGAUGUUUGCGGUGGCUAUAUACGGUCCUUUCUUUCGUCACAUUUAUAGGCCGACCUCGCCCCAGAUAUCAGGGAAUGCCAGUGGACGCCGGAUAUGCGCGCGUAAAUAAAUAUGUGUUUACAUGGAGCAACGUAGCGCAUUUGCGCUUGAAAUGUAACUGUAAGGACGCGUACCCAGCGCGACAUUCAGGACACGUAACCCUUGGGUUCACAAAAGACGUGCUGGUUAUUGGCGGUUGACACUGGGUGCAGAUGCUUUGUUAUCGGAUACUACUUUUCGAGGAUUUGAUGCCAUUUUGGGUUAUUACUGCAUAGAGCACGGAUAUUACUGCUCCGUGCAAGCUGGACGGUAUAGUAACGACUCUUUCGUGAUGACCAUUACUUUGCUGCGUUAGUGCAGCAGUCACAUGUUCUCGUGCGUACUUUUGUGCGAGUCGGAACCGAAAGCUCCUGUUAGCGCACCUUGGCGCAUCUGGGUUCCGAGCCUUCCAUCCCUAUACUUGACAAUAGCGCAAGCAACAGAUGAAGACAAAGAAUUGGUGACACGCGCGCACGAGGACCGUACAGGCACCGAGGAGCAUGUGGAAGACACACACGCACACAGAACUGUACGUGUAGCUUCUGGUAUUUUUCGACCUCGUAUUGUUUGCGCUAUUGCCAAGGAGGGGUUCACGAAUCACUGACGCGUCCAAACUGCCGUCCUUUCUGUGCCUUCGCUGCCGCUCAGGCAGUUUCACUUCGCCUUGCGACGCGUACGGUAUCUGGAAUGCGAGGAACGUCCGAUGGACGGAAAGCUUACUGGAUUUUUGUUUGACUCGAGUCCCUUCUAAGCAGGAAAGCAACGAUUUCAUGUGUGUCUGACUUGUAGCGCGCAUACGCACCUGCAUGAUUGAAAAACAUAAAAAAAAAGACAUUGCUGUUAAAGGUGCCGCCGUGUCUGAUAUGAAUAGCAGAGCGGAGAAAGCGUGAUAAGCUGUGGGGGUAGAUAUAUACCGGCGACUGUGCAGUAGAAAGAAAAUAAGCUUUACGAAUCUUGAGCAACACAUGCAGCGUAAUGCAUGACGUCAUUUGGACAAUGUUUGAUUGGUGUGAGGAUGAAAACCCUAUCGUUCGCAUCACUUAGCAAGCUGGCUUAUCUAUGGAAGCCAUGCUGUGAACUUCGUAGUACAAACCUCGCGUGCAUAUGGCAGCGAUAGCAGGUCAGCAAGCAGGCGCCUCUUUUCAGCAGAUGACAUAGAGUCGCGUCUUCACUAUACAAUCGCAUAGCUCCAUGUAUAGUCUUGUACAUAUAGUGCUGUAGAUAGUAGGCUAAAACAAUUUCAGUGUAGAUUUCGCAAGUUCUGAGGAACUGCCAGAAGCACUUACAAUAUAUACUAGUAUGUUUCUGUACUUUCCUUUACUUUAAGAAGCAUUGUUAAGGCGAGACACGCAAGCACGACAGGUGCACCGAAGGACGAAGUUAGGUGCACCGAAGGACGAAGUUAGGAGAGAUUAUGUUCUUACGAAGCUACGCACACAAAGAGCAGUGAUGUUUGCUUGUAGCUGAUAUAGAAACAUUGUGGAGUAGACGUUUUCUAUUAAUAAAGUGUAGCCUAUCUUCGCGUUUUACUAUAUAUCUGUAGUUGCCACAAAGACAAAAAAUAAACGUAAUGCAACACAAUAGCUGUGCAAUAACAAACCACCGCGUACAACUUCACUUUGACCUCAAGGCACGCACCUGUAGCGCUUCUUCUUGCACGCAUUGGGAAGAUGGCGUAACCGCCAACAGUGACACUCGAAUCUGCCUCGAGUAGAACUCCGGCAUGUGUUAACGUUAUACAUGUUUGCGCUGCGCUAAACAAAUUCAAGUUCUAGAACGAUGCUCCGCUCAACACUCCACCUCGACUGAAGCAAGUUGAUGGCAGCGCCGCCGCCGCACUUCAGACACUGCCCGGCAAUAUUGAGAAGCGUAUAGUAUCUUAUUCAGUCGAUAGAUGGCGCUUUGUUUUGAGGAAGAGAAAAGAAGGAUUAGAAGAUGUGCGUAAAAAAACGCUCGAAUGAAAAGCAUGCAUAGCAUACCCGAUUAACUCGAGCAGGCUAGGUGACUAUUUCUCAUCGCGCCGUUUCAAAGAGGAUGCCCGUAAAUCAUCAUCAUCAUCCCCGAUGGGAGGAAGCUGCCGAUAAUUGUUUGAGAGAAUAUGGGGGCCAAUGCAUGAACGGAGCCUUCAAACGUGCCUUAUUCUAUAGCCUGUUGACCAGCAAAUAGUGCUUUCUAUACGUUCUGUUUUAUCACGGAAAGGGUGUGGCGCCGCGGCUUCACUCUGUAGCAUCCGAAUAGCACAGACUGUUACGCAGCAAGUUGGUCACGUGUGCAGUUGUUACAGACCUGCCACUAUGGUUGCCGUAGACGCUAAAAUUUUUUUACCCUCCUUCGACUUUUCUUGUGCCGAAACAAAAAUCGUCAAAUGUCUUGCGUGCACUUCCAUUCCUUAGCGCCGCGCGCCCAACACUUUCUUUCAGGAGCGCAAUGUCACGCCGUCCGCGCAUGCCGCUCGUGACCUUAAAACUCGCACCGGCGGCGCAUCGUUAACGAAAUGAAUUGAACGCAAGAUGAAUGACGAUUUUUCUUUGAGGACAAGCUAGGCCCCAAAGGGUGCAAGUUUCUCUUAAGAGUCUAUAGGGCAGGAGCUGAGCUGUAGGGAUGCAAAUACAGACGUUUUAAACGCGAUAGCGUUAAGGGCUCCCGUGUUACAGAAAAGCCGGUGUCGGCGGCGUUGUCCGUCAGAUAAGGUCACCCCGAACCACAACCACGCAGACCCUCCGCGUGGCGCAUAGGAGUUGAAUCUCUCAAAGUGAAUUGCGUCGGAAAAUACGUAAAGUCUGACUUAAACACAACCUGCAGACAAAAUAUCGUCGUAUUGUAAUUUCAAUAUACGAGAAAAUAAAUGGAAUAUACGAGAAAAGAUAAUUCUGCUGCGCGGAAACUCAAACACAAGCCCCUCUUUUCCUUGCUUACGGGGGUGUGAGCCAUCGACCAGUCACUAUAGUAGCCUCCGCCUUACGUGGGUAAGAGCCAUUGCUGUGCCUUUCACUGCCGCCAUGGAUCGGCCCACCAGUCUUAUCUAUCAGGCCCCAUGUCGCAGAAUAUCCGGUGUCGGUGUCAACGGGGCCCGAUAACGCUAUCGCGUUCUGUUUUUCAAGGUAAUCCAACCCAUUUUGACUUCUGCUUUUUUUCUUGCGUAGUCUACUGUGUGUGCUGAAUUGCGGCAACCUCCUUCGCGACAUGAAGAUAAUUUUUUAGCGUAACGCCGAAUGUCAGCUUUCUUUGCGAACAAGGCCAUACACUAUACCGUCCAUGAUGAGUCACUGGAAAUUAGCCACAGCGGUAUGUUUCCGUCAGGCAACCGUAGUGACCGAAACUGCUUCUGCACUCGUAUUCGCACUACCAAAUACGCUGCACAUUAUUUUUCGUGAAAGAAAACGGAAGUUAUAUUUGAUUCAAAUGUUGUGAAUUGGACGAUUUUCUUAAGAGUAGAUUCGAUUGAAAGUUGAGAGGCUCCGACAGGUGCAUUUUGGGGCAUGGUGAAGUUAACAUGCAGGGCGCAGCGCAUAUAUAUAUAUAUAUAUAUAUAUAUAUAUAUAUAUAUAUAUAUAUUGCUGAUCACUUCUGCUAUUCUGGGCACACUGUGCACACGAUUAUGCCAUACUUUCUGAGAAGGCAGUCACGAUCGAUGACAGUUUUGUCGCUUAGAAUUAGUACGCAAGAAUGUUUUUGUUCGCUCUCCUGUACAUAGUCUUUCCUACGAAACACAUGGAAGGUUAACAGCGUUGAAUAAAAUGUUUUGUACAUGGGUU